CCCAGUUCCAUACGUCUCGAGAACCGCCGAUUGCUGCCCCAUGUCCAACUCGUUCGGACGCCGAAGCAAUUCACGUUUGCCGCCUGAGGUAAACCGUGUGCUCUACGUUCGCAACCUUCCAUUCAAGAUCUCAAGUGAAGAAAUGUACGACAUCUUUGGCAAGUACGGCGCCAUUCGACAGAUCCGCUUGGGCGUGUCAAACGACACCCGCGGUACGGCCUUCGUUGUGUACGAGGAUAUAUAUGACGCCAAGAACGCGGUGGACCACCUGUCUGGGUUCAACGUGUGCGGUCGGUAUCUCGUGGUGCUUUACUACCAAGCGAGCAAGAUGCACAAAAACAUGGACGUGAAUGCCAAGCAACAGGAGAUCUCACAACUUAAGGCGCGUUACGGCGUCGAAUAGUCCAUUCAUCCUACCGCUCCUUCGUUCGCAAACUUCAUCUAGCCGAUAUCAUAUCUAAUCGAACACCUCCGACGCAUCACGAGCGGUCCAUCCAUCCCGUGACUUCGGUCGUGUCCUUGUCAUAUGCUACAA